CAGUGUCCUUCUUCAUUCAGUUCAUCGCCAAGUGUUGAGUUGGUAGUACGUAUUUUAUGCUCCCGCGGUUUUACUCGUCCGUCAUCAUUUUUAUUUCCUUUAUUUCCUUCCUUUAUUCUUCAUCCACUGUCUUUCCCAUCAUUUCAUCAGACUCGCUAUGUCUACUUUUAGAAGAGGAUCAAUUUUUCAAAAUCAAGACGUGCCAGAAGGUUUGCUCACAUCUCCUUCUGUGGGUCAAGACAGAAAUUCUAGAGACUAUAGUAGUCUCUUUUCUUCGCCCGAUAAAAUUUUAAGCCCAACUAGGAAUUCAGGUGAUUCCCUUAAUUCCAUGUCUGAAUUUACCAUGAAUAAACCACGAAAUUUAAUGUUAGGACGACAAUCUGUGCCAAACUUUACUACUCAAGUACGACAGUAUACAGCUCAAGAACAAUUGGCGAAUAUUAGACGUAACUCUCUUCAUUUGCCAUAUCUCUCUGAUAGGAGUAUUACUAAUAUGGCAGAUUUUGGAAGUGUCUGUCAAAAUGAAGACGGUGGUGGUGAAAUUGGGAGUAAAAAUGUCAGACGGCCAAAGUUGGAUUUAACUUUUGCGUCUUAUGGCUAUCAGAGCCCGCAACAGUAUCGAGUAUCUCCUACGUAUAGUGAUGGGAGUGAUCCUCUAACGCAUGUAAUGCGAUCGAGGUCGAAUACUCCAGAAGAUUCAGACGUGUCCAAUAGUCCUGAAGCUGUAGCUGACUUAUUGAAUCAAGUCAGUAUCAAUCCUUAUGGUUCAUCGCCUUUAACUGAACAAGAUUUAGUAAACAUGCAACGUAUAUCUAGUGGGAGAUUGUCUGCUGGUGAAAGUUUUCAUCAUCAAGCACAAAGUUUGUUAAAUUCACUGUUAGCUAAUCAAGCUCAAUAUCCCACUAGAUAUGGUUCACCUGCUGCUCAAUCGCCGGUUUAUGAAAAAAAAUCUCCUCCUCCAUUUUGGUCUCCUACAAGGCCUAAAAAUGAUAGUAACAACAAUCAAAUCGAGAACAGGAAUAGAAACCGUAAUUCAAAUGGAUUACACAAAGAUCCUGUUUUUACGUGGAGCGGACAACUGCCUAAAGUAGUACAUAAUUCUCCUAGUUAUUCCUGCAAAGUUUUCUUGGGUGGAGUGCCAUGGGAUAUAACAGAGGAUGGUUUAAUGAUGGCUUUUAGUCAAUUUGGUCCAAUAAAAGUCGAAUGGCCAGGGACGUCUAAUAAUCUGAGUCAACCCAAAGGUUACGUGUAUUUGAUAAUGCAGUCUGAUCAAAUGGUCAAAUUACUUUUGGAAUCAUGUACAAAGGGUACAAAUGGUGGAAAUUACUACUUCAAAAUUUCGUCAAGAAAAAUGAAGGGGAAAGAAGUUCAAGUAAUCCCUUGGCUAAUGAAUGACAGUAAUUGUGUAAAGCACCCUUCACAAAAACUAGAUCCUACUAGGACUGUAUUUGUGGGUGCUUUACACGGAAUGAUGAAUGCUCAAGGUUUGUUUAGAAUAAUGGAUGACUUGUUCGGAAAUGUAACUUAUGCGGGUAUAGAUACCGAUAAACACAAGUAUCCUAUUGGAUCAGGUAGAGUGUCGUUCAGUAAUUAUCAAUCUUACACAAAAGCAGUAGCUGCGUCUUAUGUGGAAGUCAAAACUCCAAAAUUCUGUAAAAUUAUUCAAGUCGAUCCAUAUUUGGAAGAUAGUGCUUGUAGUGUUUGUAACAUUCAACUUGGUCCUUACUUCUGCAGAGAUCAAUUGUGUUAUCGGUAUUAUUGUCGCGGAUGUUGGAACUGGAAACACUCUAGUAUAACAUUAAGUACUCAUCGCCCUUUAAUGAGGAAUUCUAAACAUACACCUACUAGUAUGAGUUCACCACCUCGAUUUACUUCACCAAGCAGCAAUAGUUUUUCUCCAAAUCAAAACCAAUUUGAUGUAGAUCAACUUUGAAAAAUCCAUCAACGAUAGGAAAACUGACCAAUUUUGAUAAAUUUUUGUCUAUUUUUUGGGGGGAGGUAGGGCGGGUUUGGGGAUUUGUUAUUUAGUAGAAGUACAAUUUCAUUUAUUUAUUUUUCUUUUCUAAUGUUCACAAAUUGUAAAUUACUGAUUUUUAAAUAUAUCAGUUAUUAAUGUUUUUUAGUUGCCUUAUUUAAACUAUAUAAUUAUAUAAAUUAAUAU